AUGAUGGCGCAGAGAACUGAACCAGUAGUGGUCACCAUAGAUGUUUUUCAAAAGGGAGGUAUCCAAUGGAAGCAAUUCAACCUUGACACCUCCACUGCUUCCUCUUCACCUCCAAAACCAUUGCUAAUAUUUACACCAACUGUGCCUGGUUCUUACCCUGUAAUGCUUUUCUGCCAUGGCUUCUUCAUUCGCAAUAGCUACUACUCUGAGCUCCUAGCCCACAUAGUUUCACAUGGAUUCAUAGUUGUUGCUCCUCAACUGUUCUCCAAUGGGUUGCCUAUGUUUGGAUGCGAAGAAAUAAAGUUUGCAGGAAAAGUUGUGGAUUGGCUAGCCAUGGGGCUUCAACCUCUGCUUCCUGAGAACGUUGAAGCCAAAUUGGAGAAAGUGGUUCUAUCAGGUCACAGUAAGGGUGGAAAAACUGCAUUUUCUGUGGCACUAGGUUAUGCUAAAACCAUGCUAAAGUUUUCUGCACUUGUAGGCAUAGACCCUGUGGGAAGCAUAUCUAAGUGUAAUGUUAGCAAAACAAUUCCUGAAAUUCUCACAGGGGUGCCACGUUCACUGAAUUUGAACAUUCCCGUGGCUGUAAUAGGCACUGGACUAGGACCAGAAAAGGCUAAUAUUCUUUUUCCACCAUGUGCUCCUGAUGGGGAGAACCACAAGGAGUUUUUCAACGAGUGCAAACCCCCUUGUGCACAUUUUGUUGCAACAAAGUACGGUCACAUGGACAUGUUGGACGAUGAAACACCUGGGGCAAUGGGGACCAUGAUGUCUAAGUGUAUGUGCAAGAAUGGGAAGGGUCCUAGGGACUUGAUGAGAAGGACCGUGGGAGGGUUGGUGGUGGCCUUUUUAAGGGCACAGUUGGAUGAAAAAUGCAAGGAUUUUGACGCCAUUAUAACUGAUCCUGAUCUUGCUCCUGCUAGACUUGAUGAUGUGGUGUACAUACCAGCAUGA